AUGGCUCCUGUGAGGAGGGCCAUCUCGCACUUCAUCAAGGAUGUGCUCAGCGCUAACGCCCAGAGCUGCUCCGCCUGGGAUGUGGUGGGGCACAUCCUUCAGCAGCUGGAGACCUUUCUGCCCAGGAAGCCCGGGAAGAAGGAGCUCUCCAAGAGCUGUGCGUGGACAUCCUGGGUCACUGGAUGUCUCUGUGAGAGGGAUGAGCAAAACACACCAGACUCAGGGAAAUUCACAGAGUCCUCUUCAUCUCCGAGCGGAGGCAGGAAUGCUGACAUGCUCAACCGCCUCGUUCCCUACAGCUCCUGUGGCCACGGCUGCUGCUGCCCACUGCUGACUCCCCAGACACUGCUGGCACGCCUGUUGGUGGUGGCAGGGAGCCCGUUUGCAGGCAGUGAACUCCAAGCCGCUGCCUUGCGACUCAUGCAGAACCUCCACAGCAAGAUCCACAGGGCUGUGGGGGCCAUGUGGGCCGCUGAGAUCCCCCUGCUGCUGCAGUGCCUGGAAGGGAAAGAUGAGAGCUUCCCGGACUCUGCCGAGUGGGAGCAGCGUCUACUAAAGUUCCUGAGGGCAUCAUUGGACACCUUGGAGGAUGAGGCCUGGACCAAGGGCUUGAGCUGCGAGCUGAGCCGGUGGCUGAGCAGCUCUCCCAGCAGCUCUGGAGAGAAGUCCUUCCUGUACAAGGCUCUGGGGACAGUGCUGGGAGCCUGUAAGGAAGUCCUCCACAUCCAAGAGAAGCUUCUGCAACACCUGGAGGGAGCAAACGCGGAGGAGCCAUCUGAGGCCCAGGGAAUGAUCUCUCUUCUCAGCCAUGCUGCUGAGAGCAACUUCCACACAGCCCUGGACACACUCACCAUGUUUGCGUCCAGGCUGUGCAAAGGCCAAAACGGGAGGAUUUCCAGACGCAAGAAGAUGGAGCUGGACAGCAGAAGAGCUCAGGCCACACGCAGCGCUCUCAUCCUCGCCCAUGGCAGCUUGGCGCUGCGUGCCUCCAAGGAACAGCUGCUUGCCCGCCUGGAGGGAGACAUCGUGGGCAACAUCCUGCUGCUCUACAGCUGCAGCUGCCGGGACCUGCAGAACACGCUUGCGCUGCUGCAGAGCAUCACUGACUUCAGCUCUGCCUUCCAAGCUGUGGGUGACUCUGCCUGCUUCAACCCCUCCUUGAAGGGCAAGCUGCUGGAGAUCCUGACGGAGCUGCUGAAGAAGUAUUACUUGGGCACCCCUGUAUCCCCAGUGCCCCUCAAGGUGGUUCUGGCCCUGGAGCAGUUGAGCAAGCUGAAGCCCUCUUUAGCAACCAAGGACAUGUGUGACAUCUGA